AUGAAGAUUCCCCAUAAGUUUAAAGUUCCAGAUUUUGAGAAACAUAAGGGUGACUCUUGUCCUUUAAGUCAUUUGCUGACGUAUGCUUGCAAGAUGUCGACUCAAACUCAUAACCAUCAAUUGUUGAUAGAUUACUUUCAAGAUAGUUUGAUUGGUGCUGCUUUGAAGUGGUACAUGGGACUUGAUAGCACCCAGAUCCAUACUUUCCAUAGUCUAGGAGAAACUUUUGUUUGUCAAUACAAGUAUAAUGUUAACAUGGUGUCGGACCGAGACCAACUGUGCGCUAUGUCCCAAAAGGAUAAGGAAACUUUUAAAGAGCACGCGCAGAGAUGGCGUGAGAUUUUAGCGCAAGCCAGUCCUCUAUUAGAAGAGAAAGAGAUGACAAAUUUGUUUUUGAAGACUUUGAGUCCAUUUUACUAUGACAGAAUGGUUGCAAGUGCUCCCAGUGAUUUUACUGAGAUGGUAAACAUGGGAAUAAUACUAGAAGAAGGCGUCUGUGAGGGACAAUUGGUAAAAGAGAAUGGUUCAUCUGGCAGUUCCAAGAGUUAUAGGAAUGGUUUGCCCCAAAAGAAGGAACAUAAUGCUAAUGCAAUUUCGCAAGAAAGGCAUAGGUGA